AUGAUGGCCGGCGAAGGGAACGGGGACGAAGGGUGGAGGCAGAGCGGCAUCGAGGUCAGCGCCCUGCAGUUCGCCUACGACGGGCAGCCGCCGCUCUUCGCGCGCUUCAACCUCCGCGUCGCACCCGGCUCCCGCUGCCUCCUCGUCGGCGCCAACGGAUCAGGCAAGACCACACUCUUGAAGAUUCUUGCGGGAAAGCAUAUGGUUGGAGGAAGAGAUGUGGUCCGUGUUCUCAAUGGUUCCGCUUUUCAUGAUACACAGCUAGUGUGCAAUGGCGACCUUUCGUACUUGGGCGGUUCUUGGAGCCGUACUAUUGGUUCAGCUGGUGAUGUUCCGCUUCAAGGCGAUUUCUCUGCUGAGCACAUGAUUUUUGGAGUUGAUGGGGUUGAUCCUGGUAGGCGAGAGAAGCUGGUUGAUCUGCUAGACAUUGAUCUGCAAUGGCGCAUGCAUAAAGUUUCAGAUGGGCAGCGACGCAGGGUGCAAAUCUGCAUGGGUCUUCUGCAUCCAUACAAGGUGCUUUUGCUUGAUGAAAUCACCGUUGAUCUGGACGUUGUGACCAGAAUGGAUCUGCUUGAUUUCUUCAAGGAAGAGUGUGAGCAGAGGGAAGCUACCAUCGUGUACGCGACUCAUAUAUUUGAUGGACUCGAGACAUGGGCUACCGACUUUGCGUACAUCCAAGAAGGCGAGCUGAGAAGAUCUGGAAGAUACUCCGACAUCGAGGAGCUAAAGAGCGCCAAGAACCUGCUGUCAGUAGUCGAGUCGUGGCUGAGAUCAGAGACCAAACUCCCGAAGAAGGAACCUCCACGUCCUGAAAUCCAGGCCAGGCGUUCGUCGCCGUUGGACGCUUCUCCUUUCCGUUCAUCACGCCACAUGGCCUACUACCGUUGA